UUUGUCUCCUGGCGCCCGACAGUCACGGUAGUGCAUUUCGCUGAAAUUACAAACAUACAUCUGUUUAAGCACUUUGAUUAGCCGCUGCCUCAGCGAGACCGUCACGCCGCGUCGCAGUCAGUCGUUUUCCCUGCAGAGGGCCUGCUUCUUGCCCGGCUGACAGCGCUGGGCGUGGCUUGACAUGACAGCCGCUCUGGAGGAGGACGUGCGGGCACGCCAGGCGUCGGCAGAUGGCAGCGUCAUGCUCCAAGAUGAGCUGGACCAAACCGACCUCACACCGACAUCAGCGCCGGCUGUGACGCGAGUGCCACUCCAUGGACCUGUGGAUUCGCAAGAUGUUAUGUGCGCCAAGGUUAUUUUCGCGCUGUGCGGCAGCGUGUUCCCCCACCCUCUGCUAUUGGCGCAGCAAAUCCUCGGUAUCGAGGACCAGGACUUCCCCGAGUUCCAGUUGAACGUCGCGGAGGCUGGGAACAAUUGCAUCGACAUCCUGGCGGCAUACCUGACCAACUUGAGAGUGAUGCAGAUGGAGGACGAGCCCAACCCCGCCGUGUCGCUGGCCAUGAUUCAACCCCGGCACACGGCUACUGUCGCCUCCGUCGCGGCCAAGGCGCGCGACCUGCUGUGUGAGCUGGCUUCGGCCCGCGCGACGGUCAAACCGCGCAAGGCGCCUAAGAACAAGGCCAUCGAGUCGGCAGCGCGCGCCGCUGCCGCCGCGGCGACCACCUCGUCCGCCACCUCCUCCGGCCCGCAGUCGGCCACGAGCACUGCCACCACGUCCGCCUCCGCUGCCACGUGCUCGUCAGACGCCACAGGCGGCUCGACCAUCGUCAGCGGCACUGGGGCUGCCAUUGACGCUGAUGGCGAGCACCACGGCUCGCAGGGAGGCUGCGCAGCGCUGUUUUGCGAGGACGCGGCCGGCAGCGAGAGCAACGACGAGGCCGACAGCGUGGGCGGUCACCAGGACACCUCUCGGUCGGAGGGCGAUGUGCCGCCCACCGCCAGGGAGGAGGAGGAGCGGCUGCUGGUGGCGCUGCAGGGCCCCGCGGCGGCGGAGGAGACGCUCAAGAUGGCGCGUGCGCGACCGGCAGGUUGCAAGAGUGGCUCGACCUCGGGAGCCGAGCAGCGCCCCGGCGAGACCUGCGCCAAUGCAGCUUCCAGCGGCAGCAACGGCUCCUCAGCGCUGCACAGCGGCCCGGGCGGCAACGGUGGCGGCUCCCUGGCGGGCAGCCCCCGCGCGCCUCCGCCCGCGCCGCCUCCCGCCCGCACCACCAGCGCCAUGGCUCAAUACGCCGCUGCUGGCGGCGUUGGCGGCGGCCCAGCUUCUAGCCGCCACAGCCAGGACCUGCCCGGUGGCCGCGCACAGCGAACCGGCAACGGCAUGACCGGCGGCGCCGCGGCGGCAGCUGCCGUCAGUGCCAGCAACUUGCAGACGGCCCUAUCCUGCCCCGUGACGGGGCUGCCCGAGAUGCUGGGCGGGGGUGCGAGCGGCAACGGCAAUACGCCGCCGGGUAGCUCUAUUGGCCACCCGGCAGGUGGCCACCAUCAGCCGGGUCAGCACGGCCCUCGCCGCGGCGGCCCGGGCGCGCAACAGCAGCAGCACCAGGGCGCGGGACAGGGCGGCGCGCACUUCGGCGGCCAGGGUCAGGGCCCGCCCGGCCAAGGGCAGGGCAUGCACGGCGGCCACGGCGGACGGCGGGGCGGCGGUGGCAUGGGCGGCAACGGCUCCGCGCGCGGCUCGCCGACGCCGCCUGCCGGCCACGGCGCCGCCUCUGUCCAGCAGCAGCUCCAGCAGCAGCAGCUGGCGGUGGCGCAACUCCUCGGCCUGCGCAACGCGGCUGCGUACGGCUCCGCGGCCAACAACAGCGCCGCCACAUACAACAAUCUGAUGGCACUGCAGGGCGCAUACGGCGCUGUCGGCGGCCUGGGCGCGUACGGGCCGGCCGCCGCCGCUGCCGCAGCAGCAGGCCGGUUGGACCUGAACUCCAUGGCCGCCACGACGGCGGCGCUGGAGCUGGCGGCGGCGCAGCAGGCAGCGGUGCUCAACAACGCCGUUAACGCCGCCGGCAUGCACCAGUUCGGCGGCUACGGUGGCGCUGGCGGGUUUGGCGGCCAGCCAGGCGGUCUGCAGAAUCACCUGGGAUCUCUCGCCGGGCAGCUUGGCGGCGCUGCCGGGAUGGGCGGGAUGGGCAACCCCGGCAACCUCAUGCACCACCAAGCACAGCUGCAGCAGCAGCACUCGCAGCAGCACCAGCAGCAGCAACAGCAGCAGGCGGCUGCGGCUGCGGCCGCGCUCCUGCAGCAGUCGGGCGGCAUGAUGCUGGGUGACUCAAUGAAGGGUGCUGGCGGCGCCUCCGACUGGAGCAACAUUCUGCUCCAGGCACAGCUGGCCGCCGGCUCCCUGGCUUAGCAAGCCCAGUUGACGUGAGG